GAGCACGUGACUCUCCUCUGUGGAAAACAUGGCUGCGCCCUGUGCCGCUCAAUGCUUUUACAGAUCAGGUGGUUCAGGGCUGUUACAGAGAGUAGCACAGCUGCCUCGCUACAACAGGAGCUCAUCUGGUGCCCAGUGCCCACCACGCCGAUCCUACUUCUGGAGGAAGUCAAAAAAUUCCCAUUGUGUGGUGCGGCCUGCCAUUGUGCGCCCUUCCUAUGCUGUACCCAAGCACAUCCAGAGGCCCGACUAUGUGUCAUCCAGCACAGUGCCUGAGUGGCCAGAUUACAUAGAGAUUAAAGAUGAGGAGCAAAUCCAGGGAUUACGAAGAGCAUGUCAGCUUGCAAGACACAUACUGCUGUUGGCUGGAAAUAGUUUGAAGGUUGGUAUGACAACAGACGAAAUAGACUUUAUUGUCCAUCAGGAAGCGAUCCGUCACAAUGCCUACCCCUCUCCUUUAAACUAUGGGGGCUUUCCAAAGUCAGUCUGUACUUCUGUAAAUAAUGUAGUAUGCCAUGGCAUUCCAGACAGUCGGCCAUUGCAAAAUGGAGAUAUCAUCAAUAUAGAUGUCACUGUUUAUCUGGAGGGUUACCAUGGUGACACCUCAGAAACAUUUCUGAUUGGCUCAGUAGAUGAACAGGGGAGGAAGUUAGUGGAUGUGGCUCGACAGUGCAGAGAUCAGGCCAUCGCUGCCUGUGGACUGGGAAAACCUUUGUGUGUGAUUGGCAACACUAUAAGCAAUAUAGCUAAUUCAAAUGGGUUCCGCGUGUGUCCAUAUUUUAUCGGUCAUGGGAUAGGAACGUAUUUUCAUGGUCAUCCAGAGAUAUGGCAUCAUGCAAAUGACAAUGACCUACAGAUGGAAGAGGGCAUGUCCUUCACCAUAGAACCCAUUCUUAUGGAGGGAUCCUCAGAAUUCAAGAUCUUGAGUGACAAGUGGACUGCUGUAUCUGUGGAUGACAAAAGAUCAGCACAAUUUGAGCACACGGUUGUCAUCACCUGCGAUGGUGUGGAGAUUCUGACUAAACUACCAGAUGAAGAUUGACUGGACAACAAUUAUGGAACAUCUGGAACAGGGUGUAUGUGUUUCUGUAUGUAGGAGAGACUUGAAAAUUGGUGUGUAUGUGUGAGACUGAUACUAGUGUUUAGAAUUACAGAAACAAAAAGUUUUUUAAUAAAUGUGUCUCCUUACCUCUUUUCUUUUCUUUCUUAUUUUAAAGUAGCUUGACGAAGGUCUUUGAGAAACCACUGAGUAUCCCCACCAUAGAGCUGUUCAGUCAAUUUGUCAAUUUGUAGGUGAACCCAGAAGGCUAAUUAGCAGCAGAGUUCCCUCUGAAAUUUCCUAUGAGUUUUUAUAAUGGGAUUUUUCAAUUUUGAGCAAAAUAAGGUCUGCGGUAAACUACUUGAAGAUACGUUUUUUUCUACAACAUAAAUUACAGUCAUACCUCCAAUGUGAAUUUUGAAGCCCCCGUGUUUUCAAAAAAUGUACACACACUCUGCACUUUAUUAGGUACACCUGUACACCUACUUAUUCAUGAGAUUAUCUAAUCUGCCAAUCAUGUGGCAGCAGUGCAUAGAAUCAUGCAGAAAAGGGUCAGGAACUUCAGUUAAUGUUCACAUCAACCAUCAGAAUGGGGGAAAAAUGUGAUCAACUGUGGCAUGAUUGUUGGUGCCAGACAGGCUGGUUUGAGUAUUUCUGUAACUGCUGAUCUCCUGGGAUUUUCAUGCACAACAGUCUCUAGAGUUUACACAGAUGGUGCCAAAAACCAAAAACAUCCAGUAAGCGGCAGUUCUGUGGAUGGAAAUGCCUUGUUGAUGGAGAGGUCAACAGAGAAUGGGCAGACUGGUUUGAGCUGACAGAAAGGCUACAGUAACUCAGAUAACCACUUUGCAUAAUUGUAGUGAGCAGAAUACAACACGUCGAACCUUGAGGCGGAUGGGCUACAACAGUAGAAGACCACGUCUGGCAUUUUAUUAGGACUACAGCUAUAAAUUUACGUGCCUGACGAAACGGAAAACCCUUGUAGUCCAUAUAGCAACAUGUAGCAACAUACUUUAAAAUCCAAAAAAACAAACAAAAAACAAAAGUGGAUUCAAAAUUCAAAAGUGUGUAAUUUAUGCUGUAGAACAAAAUGUCCAAGUAUCCUUAAGAAAUGUUUACCACAAACCUUAUUUUAUUAAUAAAUCCAAAACUGCCAUUAUAAAAGUCCACAGAAAAAUGCAUAGGGAUCCCAUGGCUUAAAAAUGCUAAUUUUCUUCUGGGGUUUUGGACUACAACCUGAACAGCUCUAUUGUUUUGGGCUUUUAGGCCUAUCUUGAAUUAAUGGGGUUAAUUUAAUUCAUGGUGGUGGUGUAAUGACUUUCAAAAUCUCUUCCCCAUACAAAACUUUCGUUUAUGAUGUCAUCUUUGACUGAACUCAUUGAAAGCGCAAGGAAUGAAAUGUCAUUAUGUCUUAUUAUUGUGGGUUUCUCCGUACACCACAAUAUUACUCCACAGUAAUGUACUUAGCCUUGUAAAUUCUCUCUAGAGAUGAUUAUAUUUAUGGAGCAUGGGUUACCGAAUAAGCCAUGUGUAGUGUAUCAAGAAUACACUGUAAUCAUAUCUGCUACACAACAUCAUUCGCAAACUGCUAAUGAUGUCUGACAUUUGACUGAGCGUUUGAAUUCUGCUGUCUGAUGAGCUCCUUUAGGCUAUACUCAAUGAGGGUAGCAAUGUGUUCAUAGCCUACAUUCCCACAGCUAAUCAUAUAAAGGAUGUUUUGAUGGGAAUAAAGAAAAAUAAAUGUUAUUUAAAUAUAGAAAAGGAAAAAUAGGCUACAUUUGAAAAAUAAUCGAUGGAAUUAAUUUAUGUCUGCAGCAUAGGGUACAAAGGGACAAGAGGCCCCCCGGUGUAGAAGGCACAUUUGAUUUGAUUUUCUCCCAAAAUACUAAAUUGCAAAAACCACCAUAGCACUUUCCUUAACACUUUAUGCACUGCUAAAUUUUCCUCAUCCAUGCGGUCAUUGCGUGCAGUGUCUAAAGUUGGAUUUUGAGGUCAUUUGAUCUAACAUUUAAUAACUUUUAAAAACGAGAAUCCCUGAAAUUGUCAUGUACUUUGAGACAAAAUACUUACUUGGCAUUUUCAGGUUAUUAAAUCAAAGGUUUUUCAAAAACUUUCCAACGCUCAUAAAAAAAGGUACUAAAGUUUAAGGUACCACUGGGGUAGGGACCUUUUUUGUACCUUAAGAUUUUUGUACUCUUUUUUUUUUUUUUUUUUUUUUUUGGUAAUUGUACACUAAGGACCUAGGUGCAUUGAUAUGUUUUGUUCCUAUUGAAAAAAACAUAAAUUUACAUUUUUACUUCCAUUUUUGUCUCUUAAACGGUACAAAGUACUCAAAACAAGGGUACCACUCCAGUGACUCCUUUGUACCUACAACAGUACCUAUUUUCUGAGAGUGAAUAAGUGAAAUAUUUGGGGUAAAUCGCCCCCUUUGUUGCAGGGAAUAAAGGCCCACAUAAGAGACAUUAGACAUUUUUCUUAUGUGGGGUGAAUUAUUUUGUUAUGAAAAAUGUUAAAAGUGGGCUCACACUGACUGAUCCAAUAACAAUGGACAUUCAUUUGUUUAUAGAAUACUUGAUGUUAUGAAAUGCUAAAUGUGAUUGAAAUUAACAGGAAAUGUUGCACUCUUUUUUUGAAGUGGCUAUUUUGAAUAAGCAUCAUCAUAAUUUGUUAUUCAAAAAAGCAUCUUGCAGUCUCAAAAAUUUUUGCACAAUCUGACAAAUGUUGCCCUAUAUCUAUUGUCCUACAUCUAUAUCACUAUAACCCACCAGGGACCCUUUUACCCCAAGUGUGGG